CCUUGCUUCCCGCAAGCCCUGCCUCUCUCAGCCCAAAGCCACGCAUAAUUGGAAUCAGUGGCCCACACUGUCUCAUUGAAUGUAUUAGUUCCCAUUACUAUAUACGAUCCUAAUAAUUCUCUAAGUAGUUAUUUGUAGGAUUUGAUGUGUUUAAUAAAUUCGGCUUACCUAAAGGGGUUGGAUCUACAGUGAUGACAUCGUAUGAUCCGCUGUGCCUUUUUUUCCUUCUAAGGAAGAAAAGUCCAUUCCAGAAGGAGCGAAGGCACUAAGAGGCCACAUCGGAGGGGCCGUUUGUGUGACUCCUCCUUGAUGCACAUCCACAGUUCAUCUUCCCCUGGCCUCAGUUUUCCUUCUGGAAAGGGGAGGAUUAGAUUAGGACCUUGAUAUCCUUCUCCAGAUAUUGGAUAGCCACCUUCUUAUCAACCUUAGUAAUUGGCACUGCCUCUCCAGGCCUAUCAGUAACGGUCAAUUUUUGUCUUGUGCUUCGAGCUCUUAGUUGCUUUAAGUACUGUGAUUUUGUUGUUUCUGGUUUUAAUUUUUUUUUGGUAAAGAAAGUUAGAUUCUUGGCAGCUUUCUUCAAGUGGUUAAAAAACGUUUGGUGGCUAAAAUUAUUUUUUGCUGACGUUUAGGAGACGGCGUUCAUCAAGGAUCCAGCCCACCCACCCUCUCCUGAAAGGUGGCUUGACUGGGAUCACACAGGUCUUCAGUAUAAUGAGGAAUAAAAACUGUUUCUUGUUGUUAGCAGAUAAGUCACUUACAUAGUUUGAAAACCAUACAGAAUGGUUGCUGAAUUGGUUAUUCUAAUAUUCUGUUAAUGAGGCACUGUUGCUUUUUGUACUUUAUACUAAGUCUAUACCUCAGCAAUAGUUGAUUUUUGUCUAAAGGUAGAGGAGUAGGCUCUGGUUUUUACACUGAAUAAAGAUUUCCUGGAGAGAGGCCUGGUUAUUUGAAUAUUUAAUAGGUGCUCCAGGUGGUUUUUAUCAAGCACAUUUUGGACACAGUGGAGCAGGUGUUGCUUCCAGAAGUGUAGUUGGUAGUCAGGCGUUACCAGCAAGUCAGGACUGGCAGCAUUUCUGGUCUCAUGUGAGGCCUAUCAAUCAGCAUAUGCAGUUCAACAAGGUCCCCAGGUGAUUUGUGUGUGCAAAUGGUGGAGAAGCUUUGGUGGGGACUGUGAUGACUACAACCAGUGUUUGUUGCUGCAUUUUGUAGUUGUUCUAAGAACUCCUGAUGUAUGGUCACAGUUCAUUAUCACAUCUGUCCCAUGUGGCUAUUGUGAUUGCCUUGUUUUAUAACGAUAAUACUUUUAUUAUUUGCCUUGUAUAGAUGGGGACCCCCAGCUUUAGGGGCCCAUCCUGCUGGUGGCAGAGCAGGCAGCCAUUCAGACCCAGGCAUGUGUCACUGGCAGAGCUCCUAACCUGUUUUUUUCCAGACCAGCUGUUUUGUGACCUUCUCUAAGGGACCCAGCACUGGCUGCUGUCUGAAUUUAGAACUGAGCCUAGGGGAGUGACGGUUCAACUUAGGCCUCUGAAGUGCUGGUUUGAUGUGGCUUAGGACACCAGUGACUGGCUCAUUUAUUUGGCAUUUGUUUCUAAGGAUUUUGGGAUGGUUGGAUUGAAGUGCCCCUCACCAAUGGCUGUAGCAUGGAUACCCAAGGAAGGUUUUUGAUCUGUGAGUUUUUUGUGAGGACAUAGUGGGUGGGUAAAGAGAGAGGCCAGGCACUGACAUCUUGAGCCUGAUUCCUUUGGAGCAACGUAGAGCUGAUUUCCUAGCUCCCAGAAGUUCAGGUCCAGUAAUCAGGCAGCAGGUCUAGAGAAAGGGAGGCUUCAGAGCUUGUGUGAUGGUGACCUCUUGCCUCCACCCAGGGAUAUGAGGUACCCAUCAUAAGCUUCAAGAAGUUGCCUUCCACGGAGCCUAGCAGAGGAGUGGGCAAACAUGAAGUCCAAUCCUGCCAUCCAGGCUGCCAUCGACCUCACAGCAGGGGCCGCAGGGGGCACAGCUUGUGUGCUGACUGGGCAGCCGUUCGACACGAUGAAAGUGAAGAUGCAGACAUUCCCUGACCUGUACAGGGGCCUCACCGACUGCUGCCUGAAGACCUACUCCCAGGUGGGCUUCCGGGGUUUCUACAAGGGGACCAGCCCAGCACUCAUCGCCAACAUCGCCGAGAACUCUGUCCUCUUCAUGUGCUACGGCUUCUGCCAGCAGGUGGUGCGGAAAGUGGUGGGAUUGGACAAGCAGGCAAAGCUGAGUGAUCUGCAGAAUGCAGCUGCUGGUUCCUUUGCCUCUGCGUUUGCUGCACUGGUGCUCUGCCCCACUGAGCUCGUGAAGUGCCGGCUACAGACCAUGUACGAGAUGGAGACAUCAGGAAAGAUAGCCAAAAGCCAGAAUACAGUUUGGUCUGUAGUGAAGAGCAUCCUUGGAAAGGAUGGCCCAUUGGGCUUCUACCAUGGACUCUCAAGCACUUUACUUCGAGAAGUACCAGGCUAUUUUUUCUUUUUCGGCGGCUAUGAACAGAGUCGAUCAUUUUUUGCAGCAGGGAGAUCAAAAGAUGAACUAGGCCCUGUCCCUUUGAUGUUAAGUGGUGGAGUUGGUGGAAUUUGCCUCUGGCUUGCUGUUUACCCAGUGGAUUGUAUCAAGUCUAGAAUUCAAGUUCUUUCCAUGUCUGGAAAACAGGCAGGAUUUGUUGGAACCUGUAUAAGUAUUGUGAAAAAUGAAGGAAUAAUGGCCUUAUAUUCUGGACUGAAACCUACUAUGAUUCGAGCAUUCCCUGCCAAUGGGGCACUAUUUUUGGCCUACGAAUACAGCAGGAAGUUGAUGAUGAGCCAGUUUGAAGCAGACUGAAGUGUUCUAGCAAACCUGGAUCCCAGUACAAGUGCUUGAGGACUGUAGUUCAUCUCAGGGUUUCAUGAAGUACAAGACCAGUGUGGAAUUAUUUUGAUUUCAGAGCAUUUUGUUGUCUUCCAUUCUUCUGCCCUAAAUCUUAAACUUUAUGGAAGGACCUCAAUUUUACACCAUUUAAUUUCUGCCCAUAAUUGUAUCAAAAUAGAAAAGUUGCUGAUCUUGUCCUUGGUAGGACAUACAGGAUGCGCCUCUGGCCCUCUGUACCUAAUCUGAAAAUCUAAAUAUAAUUAUAUCAGGGAUUUUGCAUAAACCUGUAUGUGUCCAUGCA